GUAACCUUUACUGUUAACUACGAUUGUUUAUUUAUUUUGUAUAAUGUUGUGAUGUGUUUUAAUCGGAAGUAACGUGGAUCAAGACAGAUGCUGUACGCUGUAGUCCUGGUACCUUGGGCUAGUCACUUCCUUGUCCUGCGGAGAGGAUAGAGCAGUGACGUCGGCGGACUGUUCGGUGGCUACAGCGCCGCAGAGGGAAACCUGUCCGCCCGACCCGGACAAACGAAGAGACCACGUCGCACCAACACGCGCCAGAUAUUUAAUAGUGGGCGGCUCGCGCGCAGAAUCUUAAAAUGUUUAGCCGUGAAGCACGAGGGUAAGUUAGGCUGGCUGGCGGAUCGACGCCGCGAUCUACCGGGAGAUCGCGCGGAUUUGGCCGACUCGUUACCGGCUGACUCUCUGUCUAUGUGUCGGUGUGCAGCGCACCGGUGGCGAUGUCCUUGAUGGAGAGCGACGAGGAGCAUCGAUGGAUGCCGACACACGUGCAGGUAACAGUGUUACGGGCCCGAGGGCUGCGCGCGAAGGGCAAACAAGGUACCAGCGACGUGUACACCAUCAUCCAGCUGGGCAAAGAGAAAUACUCCACGUGCUUGAUGGAGAAGACUACGGAUCCGGAAUGGAUUGAGGAAUGCUCGUUCGAGCUGCAGCCGGGGAUACUGGAGGAGGGAGGGCGAGACGCAUACCCACCCGGUAGUGCAGACUUGACCCUCACCGUUAUGCACCGAGCGCUUAUAGGACUGGAUGUGUUCCUGGGCCAGGCUGUUAUACCGCUGGAUAAUGCCUUCCAGGAACAGAUAUGCAAGAAAAGCCAGUGGUACCAGCUGCAUUCUAAAACUGGAAAAAAGGAAAAGGAACGUGGCGAGCUUCUGUUGACCGUGCAGUUCACUCGCCACAAUCUCACGGCCAGUAUGUAUGACCUGUCCGUUAAAGACAAACCUCGAUCUGCUUUUGACAAACUCAGAGAACGCAUGCGUGUUAAAAAGCGCACCAGGGAAGAAGAUUCCUCUUCUGCCAUCGUCGCCGGAGGAUACGGAUCAAUGGAACGCAUACGGUCGCGGUUGCCGAGUGAUGGGGGUGGCGAGGAAGAGUACGAAGAUGACGAAGGUGGGGAGGCAAGGAGGAGUAAGAUGAGAAGUUUUUUCCUGCGUGGGAGGUUGAGAAAGUCCUCAGACACGCGAUCUAGUACGUCGCUUGGCUCUGAGAGCAGCGAGUCGUCUUCUCGGGGUGGCAGCCUCAGCCCGACAGCAGGCAUCAGCGUUGUGGUCUCGGAUCUGUCCAACUCUCCGAGUAACAGCAGCAACCUGACCGCAGACAGUCCAGAUCACACAGUGGCUCCCUCACCACAGGUUUCUCCUGUCAGAAAUGUGUAUGCUCAUGAGAUAGACUUCACCCUACCAGUGCCUCAUUCUGUGAUGUCCGAGAACAACACCCCGAUUCUGCUUCCUUCGGUGUGCCUCAACGGGAAUCCAGUGGAAACGUCCCCUCUCACUCACCACCCGCCAUCCAUCAUACUUCAGCAACCUCAACCAGAGUCAACCAAACCACAGGCAACAAAGCUGCCAGAUGAACCCCAGACAACUCGAUCAAAAGAGCCAAAAUCCCAAACCAGUGCAGAGACCAAGCUGUCCGAGUCAAAGCCAAGACCCGAGCCUCAGCUUCCAGCUCUUGGAUUGAUUCAGAAGGGCUCUUCUCACUCCCUCUCCCUGCAAAACCUCUCUCGCCGCGGGGAAGAAAAGCGAAGCGGUGGACCUGUGGAUGGACGUCGCUGGUCUUUUGAUAAACCCGGCGAGGAGGAGAAAGCUGCCAUUGUAGCAGCACUAGAGUGUGCUGGGAGAGUUACAGAUGAGUCUGUGAUGGAAACAGUCAUACCUGUUGGAGAGACAGAGACUCUGAGUAAAAAGAGGCGGGGCCUCUUCUCACAUGGGAAAGGUGAGUCUGCCACCAAAGGACCAAUCACGAGCAAAGAGGAAGCAGAACAUGCUCAACAACUUGUCGAAGUCAAACACAAAGGAUGGUUCGGCUCCAAGGACUCGCACAGUAAACCAAGCUCACUGGUGUCUUCCAAGUCAGAUUCCAGUAGCAGCGUGAUCUGUCCCAUUGCCCCUUCACAGAACAUGGCUGACAAACAUGCUAAUCCCUUCACUUCACCCCCGCCUCUAUUUGAUGCCAAUCCCCUUUUCCCACAUGCACAGCCGAAUCCUUUCUUCCAGGGGUUUCCCACUGAUGCUUCUUUAACCCCCUCACUCUCUAGCUCAGCUCAAUAUCAAUCUGAGCCAGCUUCCUCCUGGUCUGGUGUUAAUCCUACCCCAGAUUUGCUAAGGAUUGGAAACAGCAAUGGACCUUCAGGGAUAUCCAAAGUAGAUGGCUCAAUUGAUGCAUCUAUUUUUCACUUCGAGGAUGAAGCUGAUUUUGGAAUAUUUGCUGAGGACAGACUCAAGUCUUCAGAGAAAGGAAAAGAAAGAGAGAAUAUGGUUACAACCCCUACUGUCUUUGUGAAACCAAAGAAUGAAGAGCCCUUAGGUGGUUUGGAUAGUUCAACUGAUAAAAAUGAUCUCACCUAUUUAGAGAAAACUGCUUCAGCAGGUAAUACAACUGGAGAGAUGUCUAAGGAAACUUCUGCUAACACACCUCAGGUUACAGGAAGUGAUGGUAAUUUGAACAAGUCUGACCUAACAUAUCCUGAUCCGUUUGGUUUCCCAGAAUUUAACCCUAAUUUAUCUGAAAUCAGUUUACCUGAGAAUUCAAGUUUAGAGUUUUCUGUACUGAACGCACUUGUGUGCCCUCAUCCUGCGCUGUCAAAUGUCCAAAAUAAUGAAGUCAAUGGUGAUACCAUGACUCCAAAAGACUGGCCAGAGAUUUGCCUGACCUCUCAAAAUGCCAAACCAUCUUUCACACAGCCUUCACUAUUUGAUGACAUUUUUAAUAACGAACUCAUCACUAUUGAAUUAUCAGAUAAUGCUUGUGUGAGUCCUGAAGAACCAGAGUUUGCUAAGAAUACGGAAUCUGUAAAAAUUUACGAGGAUCCUGUGCCAUGCUGUAGAGAUUCAGAUGAUGCCCUGCCACCAUCCAGCGAGACAUCUUAUUCCCAAGGAAGAGAAUUAGACAACUUGUCCGUUGAGCCUGGUCAUUUUACACACUCUUACUUCACAUCAAAUAUAAAACAAUCAGAUGUUUUGGAUUCAGAUGCCACACUAGUUGAAUCAUCUGAGACGUCGGGAUUCCACAGUCCAUCAGCACCUAGUUCCCCAGUUUCAAUACCACUGGACAAUGAAGACAAUUUAGGUGCAGGUAUGGACACAAAGUUCCAAAAUGAAUCCGAAGAUGGUUUUUCAGAUAGUGCCAAUACUAGUGAUCUCUUUUCUGAGAUAACAUUCCCUGUUCCUGAUAACCUUAAUGACAUCUCUUUCUCAUCUUCAAACACUGUAUCUAAUGAAGUGCAUGUGGAUGAACAGAAAGUCUGUGAAUUUUCAAACUACCCCUCUAAGGAUGAUCUAAUAGGCAGUGUACUCUCCAGCACUGGCGAAGGGCAAGAAAUCAUACAAUCUGAUGGGCAAACAAUCCCUGCAGGAUACCUCAAUCCCACCACUGAAGUUAAAACCGUGACAAAUGAAAAUUCAUCGAUUCUAAACUCUGCGUUCUCACCUCCAAGUUUGAUUGUGCACAGUAUGUACAGAAGUGCAGAUUCAGACCAGUACCUUACUUGCGUAUCUCAGCAGGAUUCAAUAUCCCCCGCCUUAGAGCUUACUCAGGAACUGAAGCCCAAACAUGAUCAGUCUGAGGAAGACAUUUUACUAUUUGGGUCCUUCCCAGAACAUAUCACAGUCCCUGAUGUCAUGCCAAAAGCUGUGGAAGAAAUGGAUUGUGUGCGAAAUCAGGUUGUAGUAGAACAUUUUAAACCCCAGGAAACUUUGCCAAAAAAUGAGUGCCCUCAGGGAGACGUUCAACUGAAUAAUUGCAACCUUUCAGGGGACAAUCCUGAGUCUGACAUACCAAAAGAUAUGAUGCCAAAAAUGAACAUCUCAAAGGAUCUAAUAGCAGAACUUGAGGCUCAACUUGCGCCAUUAAAAACUGAAACAUGUCCUGUAGAUAACCGGGAAACAAAUCCAUUUCAACCAAAUCAUUUCCACACUGAGCAAACAGACAGAUGUCCCAAUGGAACAGUUGGGUCUUUAUUUAAUUUUGCCCAUGCAAAUGUUUCUGUUUCAAAUUGUGCAUCAGAAGAAACCAAAAGCAUCACCCAGGACCAAUUCCUAAUGGAUUUAUUUGGUCCCAAUCAAUUUGAAACACCCCAGUGUAAUAGUCCCAUCACACACCCUAAAUCUGCAGAGACUCAUAAUGUCCUGGAAUCACAGAGUCCAAGAAUGCAAGUAACAGAUUCUGUGACACCUGACUUAUUCCCUGUUAACUGGACACUCUCAUCAGCCUUUGAGGCACCAGCAUUGGCUUCAGGGGAUAAUCAUAGCAUCUAUUUCCCUUCUGCAUUUGACCCAUUACCUGUAGCUUCCUCAACACCACAUGUAGUGGUAGACACCAACGCGAUUCCCCAGCAAUUCCCCUUUCCCAUAAUUCCCUCUACCUCAGAGCAGUCAUGGCCACAUCAAGCACUUAAUGAUCCUUUUCUUCCGGAAAAUUCACCGACAACCAAUCAUCAGAUCAGUCCACAUCCAGUAAAGCCAUUGACACCCCCUGAUGACAAAAGAUCAGAGGGUCGCUCCGUACUGGAGAAGCUUAAAUCCACCAUCCACUCAGGACGAAGCCAUCAUUCAGACCAGGAUACUGAUAAGAAGCUGCUAGUGGAGGGAGGUGGAUCAUACUAUCAUUUGAACCACAGCGAGCUGGUCAACUUGUUGAUCCAGAGAGAUACAGAGCUCAAGCAGGAGCGAGAGGAGUACCAAAAGCGAGGAGCGCUGCUGGGGAAGCGCGAGGUGGAUCUGAAGAAGAUGAAAGCUACCAUCAGAGAUCUAGAGGACUACAUUGACACGCUGCUUGUACGCAUCAUGGAACAGACCCCUACGCUGCUGCAGGUCAACCCCAGGAAGAAAUGAUACAACAUAUCCUCAGCUAUGCCUCCACAAAUCCUGGGCAGACUUCACAACCCUGCACUGCUAAGGCAACCAUAGUAACAUAGAGAGUUACAACUCGUGUGAGUUGAUGGGUUUGAAAGAGAUGGUGUAGGUUUGGCAUGUCUGAGGUCCAUAUAGAACACAGGUACACUUUCAUAAUUGGGUAGUAUGCAUUUUUAUGUGUCGGCAGAUACUCACUAAAACAUGACAGCCCAAGCUAUGCACCAAAAUCACCUGUAGGAAGGCAUGUGUUGUGUCAGUCUUCUGAAGCUAGAGGGAAUACCAACAUUGAUUUAUCUUUUUUGUUUUCUAUCACGUUUCGACAUGCCCAAAAAAUAGCGGCGAAGUUAGAGAGAGGAAGAAUAGAACCCAAAAACAAGGAAAGAGAGAAGAAUAAGAUAGUUUGUUAUCUGCUUGUGCCUCCCUAAAUGUCUUCCGCACUUUACUUAUGAGCAGAGGCUCACAAUAACUGACCUUCUAGCUCCCGUUUGUGGGUCCGUGUUCUUCCUCUUCCUGCCCUCGCUUGAGCCAACGCACGCACAUCGCUGCCAGUGCUUUUGGGUGUAAUGAACAGGAUAUAUGCUGUAUUCAUUGCAUAUAUGCCACUUGGACAAAUGCCAAACGCUGCCUUAUCAUACAGUAUCUCCUCCAUUCUGUUGUUGCUGAAGUCAUCACUUUAAUUCGUUUGCACAUCAUAUUGCAAUACAAAGGCGAUGGAGUGUUUAACUUUGCAGAGACUGUUAAGUAGAGGAAAGAACAAAUUAAGUGUGCAGUUGUCGAAAAGAGAGCGAUAACCACGAAAUGGCAAAAGCCCUAAUUUAAUGUUACUUCCUAAAUGUUAUUCUGGUGUUAUUCUGAUGUUGCCACAAUCAGUGUUGCCACUGUCGAUGUACAAUGUAGCUUUCUGUGUAGAUAUAAGAUAGAGGCAUAUGUCACAGCACUUUUACAUUUGUUUUUUUUAAAAAGCUUUGGAAGUGCACAGUGGAAAACACAUGUACAAUGCACAGAAUAGUAAAAAUAAUCCUCUUAACACAGUGUUCCAGUCGUACUAAACUUCUGAUAGUCUCUGCUAGAAAGCUCAACAUUUAUCAACAAUGUAUUUCUAUGAGAAGCACUUAAGGGUGUGCUCUGCCUUCCAUUAAAAGUUGAGUUUGUCUGUUGAAUGAUGGGAAGAUUUAUGAAUGUUCAUUUAUUAAGGCUUAAUUUAAAAGUUUACAAGAGUAUGUUGUUUUAGUUAUGCAAAUAUUUAUUGUUGUGUUUGUUUUAAAAUGGCCUUUAUUUUUGUUUGUCACCUUUUGUGGUUUAAAGUUCUCUACGAUCUGUUAAUUGUUAUUCGCUUAUUUUUUUUAAAUGCAACCUUUUGUUGUGCUGUUCAUGAUGAUUUCUUUCCAUUAUGCUUUCUUUUUCAUUUCUAUGGUCUGUAGGAUCACAGAAUGCAAUAGAUGUGAAGGGCAGGCUUUUGCAGAUUUUAAGAAAUAUAUAGUUUUCUAGGGUUUAAACUGAAGGAAUGUGAUAUAUUUGUGUAGGUUGCUACUGUGUCUAAUGCCAGUUUAUAGAAAUACAAACACGCCUGCAGCCUAGUAAGGAGGUAUGUUCAAGUGCCCUUGGCUGAGUGUUAUCAUGGAAUGUGUCAAUGAGAAUGAGUGUAGAAGAAUAUUUAUAUGCUUUUAAUGGUGAAAUUGAUAAUCAAAGCUACAUUUUAUGUAGUACAAACUCUGGAACUUGCAAAUAAAAACUUGUGUUUACUAUAUUAUACACUUAUUUAUUUUUAGAGGUCUGAAGUUUUUCUUUUAUUGACAUUUAAAACUAGAUUUUUUAAAGAAAGUAUAGAAAAUAAUUACUUUAAAAUUGUAAGAAUUCUUGCAGUAGGUCUUCCCUUUUGAUUGUACAUUUAAGUGGAUUCCUCUUGACUCCUGUCACAAUCAAAACCAGAACAGCUUAAGUGAACCUCAUAUUUAGUAGCAUAUAUGCACCAAAUGUUCUGUGGAACCAUUUGUUUAAGGUGCAAAAUAGUUCAAGUGCUUCUAUGAGGUGCGGUUUGGGUGGAUGUUCAGGGUGUACUUACAUGAGUGUCCACUGGGGGUUGUGAUGUUUUCUUUUCUGAUACAUCUAAUCUGAGAGAUGUUCAGUUGACUUCUGGUGUUUUAAUAAGCAUCUCUGCAAAGAAUCUGUCACUGUAGAAUAAAUAAACUUUUCACUUUGGGAUGCA